AUGGCAGUGCGGCGACGCAAUGUUGGGUUUGGGAAAGAGGAGCCGUUCGACAGGGUGCGGUUUCCGCCCGCGGGGAAGGAGAAGAGUGUGCGGAGGGAGUGGAGGGUGAGGAGAUGUGGAAUUAAGACCGUGCUGGGGCUGCCGCUGCUCGUAAUUGUCUUUUUUGGCAUCGUUCACAUCUCCAAUGUUCUCAUGAGCUUGGUGAACCUCGUCAGAGAUGACGCUGUCACCUACUCUCGCGACUUCCUACCCCUGGAGCAAUAUCAAGCAGGGGACUUCACGGGCCUUACUCGCAAUGUCAAGCCCAUUCAUUGCCAUUCCCACAACGACUACUGGCGUCGUGUGCCUCUAUACGAGGCCCUGCGCUGGGGCUGCACCGGCGUUGAGGCAGACGUCUGGCUCUUUCCCGAGCGCUCUGACAAACUAUUCGUCGGCCACAGCACGCGCGACCUCACCAUAGACAACACCUUCGGCUCCAUGUACGUCGACCCUCUGAUGCGGAUCGUCGACCAGCAAAACACACCAAACACCCCCUUCGAGACCGUCUCCAAGUCUGGACUCAAAAACGGCGUCUUCGAGAUGGACCCCACGCAAACCGUCGUCCUCCUCGUCGACUUCAAAAACGACGGCCACGCCCUCUACCCCGUCGUCUCAUCACAACUCGAGCCCCUACGCCAGAAGGGCUACCUGUCAUACUACGACGGCCACACCAUCGUCCCGGGCCCCAUCACCAUCGUCGCCACCGGCAACGCCCCCUUCGACCUCGUAACCCGCAAUUCCACCCACCGCGACAUCUUUUUCGACGCACCCCUCGCCGGGCUCUCCCCCCUCUCCUCACAAACCACGGACCACGCGUCCAAGCGCGCCGGCGGCCAGGGCACCGUCGGCACCACGCCCCUCUCCACCUUCGACCUCACAAACUCGUACUACGCGUCCGUCGACUUUAAGAAGGCGGUCGGGUGGUGCUGGUUCGGGCGGGUGUCGGCGACGCAGAGAGAGCUGAUUCGAGCGCAGAUAAGAGCAGCGAAGGAACGUGGGCUGAAGAGUAGGUAUUGGGGCGCGCCAAAGUGGCCGGUUGGCGUGAGGAACAUGGUUUGGAGAGUUCUGGUGGAGGAGAGCGUGGAUUAUUUGAACGGCGAUGAUUUGAGGGAGAUGACGAGGGGGGACUGGGGGGCGAAGGUGCAUGGUAGCUGGGUUGGGUAG